GCGUAUGCCUCAAAUUGCCUCUCUACAAUACACUCAAAGGUGUAUGUGAUGCUACUGCGCACUGGUUAAUUAAUUUAUCUUGGGCUUUCUCAUCCUCCAGCUCUCACGCGUGGAAUUAGCAUCCUUUCUCUGAAGCAGACGGUCUGCAUUGACAAGUUCUCAAAGGAUAUAGCGAGGAUAGUUCUUCAAAUUGAAGAGGACAACCUUCGUUUGUUUUAAACUCUCUCAUCAUUGUAUUGUACAGACGGCCAAAGUAUAUCGCAUAGUUAGGUUUUCUUUAACAUGAAAUUAACUUAAGAAAACAAAUCAACAUUUCGGCGCAUUUUAUUUCCGUUAAAUUCAGAAAGUAAUUCGCGUCAGACUGGACUGUAAUGCCUGACAACACAAUGAUGAAGAAGAAUGGAAUGGUGACCAAAAUUCACACGCGAAUAAGGACAGAGCCUUUCAAGAACAACUACGACCUGGUAGGAAAGGAGUUGGGAAGGGGAAAGUUUGCCGUGGUGAAGAAAUGCAUCGAGAAAGCCACGGGGAAGGAGCACGCGGCGAAGUUCCUACGGAAACGGCGCAAGGGAGAGGACUGCCGCGGCGACAUCCUGAACGAGAUCGCCGUGCUGGAGCUGGCCAAGGCCAACCCGUACGUGGUGGCGCUGCACGAGGUCUACGAGACCCAGAGCGAGAUCAUCCUUGUGCUCGAGUGUGCUGCCGGUGGGGAGAUUUUCAACCAGUGCGUCGCCGACAACGACGAUGCCUUCACAGAGAAAGACGUGGUCCGAUUGGCUCGCCAGAUCCUCGUGGGCGUGGCCUUUCUGCACAGGAACAACGUCGUGCAUCUGGACCUGAAGCCCCAGAACCUCCUACUUACCAGUGCUCAACCCCUUGGGGACAUACGGAUUGUGGACUUUGGCCUGUCCCGCCGCAUGGACACCCUGACGGAGGUGCGUGAGAUCCUGGGCACCCCAGAGUAUGUAGCUCCCGAGAUCUUGAACUAUGAGCCCAUCAGCACUGCAACAGACAUGUGGAGUAUCGGCGUGCUGACGUACGUCAUGCUCACAGGGGAGUCCCCCUUCCUGGGGGAGCAGAAGCAGGAGACCUUCCUGAACAUCUCCCAGGGUAACGUGGACUACUCCCAGGAGGUGUUUGAGGGCGUCUCGUCCCUGGCCAUCGACUUCAUCCAGUCCCUCCUCCGCAAGAACCCCAGAAAACGCUCCACUGCCGAAGAGUGCCUGAGCCACCCGUGGCUGAGCGGGCACGCCGCUCCUCCUCCGCCGCCUCCUCGCCUCCCACUGGCAUCACUCGACGAGACCAGCCAAUCGGAGUCGGAGCCCGAGAGCCCCGUCCCGCCCCCGGAGCUGCUGGUGCUGCCGCCGUUCUCCAUGGGCGAGCUGAAGUCGGGCCGAGGCACCACGUUCACCUUCUCCGAGCCGUUUCCCUCCCGAUCCGAGAUCCAGCAGGAAGUCAUCUGCUGAGCCGCCGCCGGAGGAGCAACAGCCAAUCAGCAGAGGGCUCGGCAACCAAUAGGCUUCCUCCGUGAUGAACUGUGACUGAUUUGUGCCCGUGUGGUUUCCUGUGCAUCACUGGCAGUGUUGCUGCGUGGACUGUGCAUUUUGAGACUUUUGGGACUGUGUUCGGCAGCCUGUCAACCUCUGAGUGAAUGUGAUGUUGCCUAACGCCUCAACCUCUCUUCUCUGAGCACGCGUGUGCCUGCGCACAUGGUUGUAAAGACUCUGUAAAACAUGUUUAUAAAGCCUUCAUAAGCCUUUAGUAAACCUUAAAUAGCAGCUGAUCUGAAUAUGGAAGAAAAGAAAAGCCAUAUAAUGGCUUUGAAAAAUGCACUCAUGCAGAGUGAGUGAGAGGGAGAGAGUCGUUUAACUCCUGUAUAAUAGGAAUAGGCAACUUUAGGGAGGAGGCAGGCUGAGUCCUUUUAAGAUGAGUCCAUGAUCAAUGGUCAUGCUGUUGUGAAGUUGUUUGGAUGAGGAAGAUGAUUGCCGUGGUGAUGAUGAAGGAGGGUGGAGAAUAAGGCUAUUUAUAGGUCCCCAAGAUGUCAAUGACGGCUAGAGGAGUGUUUUGUUGAGGAAUGUCAAGAGAAUCCCUGGCCUUUAUUUGUUUAAUAGUCCACUGGUCACCCUUCCCACACACACAGACACCAGUAAAAUGAAAAACAUCUACAAGCACUUUUAUUUAAAUUGUAUUUUAUAGUUUAAAAAAAAAAAACAAUUGUUGAGAGGCGUCCUUUGCCAAAGACGUGACAACAUGGUUCAGACAAGCACAAAAAAAUAGUUGUAGAGGUGUUCACCCACACAUAUGUACAUAACCACACCACUCAGCUAUUAUUCUGAGUGUCCUCCAAGUCUCACAGUCACACAUUUUCUUUUUGUUACCUUUUUAUUUGUUGUCUUUUUUUGCUGUUGCUGCUGUUUUUUUGCACAUAUGACCUGUACUUACACCCUUGGUUGAAGUUUUCACGCACACUUUGAGUUUGUGCAUCUGUCUGAUCCAUGUUUUUCCUCCACAAGCCUCAGUAACUGAUCAGAUAUUAGGAAGAGAAAAAUACAAAAAGAAACAAGAUGGCCGCCUCAGGAUGUGUACUGUACUUAGAACUGUGCUGUUUUCUAUUGAUUGGGUGGCCAAGAAAUGUCAUGAUUAGGAAGAGUGUACGCAGCUCUCAGUGACUAGGUGAACAAUGACCCAUGAGUGAGAGAGCAGUGAGAUUACUGAGUGCUUAACCUGGGAGAUUCUCAACUUUGAGAAGGAGAAAGUGAGAAAACGUCUGCUUUCGGAUAUUUCCUCUCAAAUAAGAAGUCAAAUGUAUAUUUUGUGUGUGCGUGGGUUUCUUUUUGUUUGUUUGUUUGUUUGUUUGUUUUAAGAUGAAUUGUGUAAAAUAAGUAUUUUUCUAUUGUGGCAUUGUACUGUAAGCAGAUAUAAAUGGUAUUAAAAUUGUAUUAAGUUUCUUUUUUUUACUGUUUUCUUUCCCUGAUGUUUGCUUUUAAGCUUCAGACAGGUUUGCACUUAGUGGAAGUCUUAAUCUUAAUAUAAAUAAAUGUUAAUGGCAUGCAUCGUAAAUAAAUUUUGUAUGAAACCAG